GGUUUUGCCGAAAGUCAUUCAACAGGUUGUGAGAUCCUGAUACGAGUCGACUCCCAUUGGCGGAAGUCAGUCUGUUGGCUGCUUUCAGCUCCCGGCGGCUUUUGGGAAGUUGUUUAGCGAGCAGAAGUCUGCGGGAGGAUGAGCCUUUGGUAUCCGUCGGCAAGCGCUGCUUCACCUGCUCGUGGUGCGAUCGCGACGACCGUGGGCACCGAUGGAAGACGCGAGUCACCGGACUCACGGGGCUCCGCGAGAGGAGUCGAGCUCAGCUGCUAGUGAUCAAUCAGAUGUCCGCUUCCAUAGGAGAGUAGCAGCCGUCAGCUCGCCUGCUCUGUGCGUGGCACGCCUCACCUUACCUGGGGUCAUGGACGCCGAGGGGAGGGUCGACGAGUCGAGGCUCAGGAUGCAUAUAUUUAAAAACGGUGGUGUGUGUCCCUCUGAGCGAGGUCUGGUGUGGCGUUUCCUGUUUGGGAUGUACCCGUGCAGCUCGACAGCUCUAGAGCGCUCUCUGCUGCAGGAGCAGAUGUCGGAGCGUUACCGGGUCAUGAAGAGAAAGUGGCAGCAGUUCCUUCCCUUGGCCGUGCGCAUGCACCUCAACGGCACCGACGAUGAGUUGGUGGCAGCCGUCAGGUACUUUGACCAGAGGCAAGCACUGGCCCAGCAACUGACCCAGGACCAGUCUGAUGAGGCCAGGGACCGACUGGCUUUCUUGGAGCUUCAAGCACAGAUAUUGUUUGAGCGAGUCACGUUUGAUCAAGUGGAGCUGCGGGAAGCCACACGGAUCAUCGACAAAGAUGUGGCGAGGACAAACCGAGACCUGAGCUAUUAUCAGGGUGAAGGUUCAGCCAACCUGUUGGUUUUGAGAGAUAUUCUCAUCACUUAUGCUGCUUUCCAUCCAGAGGUCAGUUACGCCCAAGGAAUGAAUGACCUGUGCAGCCGGUUCCUGGAGGUUCUCAACUCUGAGGUUGACGCUUACUGGAGUUUCUCCUGCUACAUGGAGAAGUUCUCCAAGGACUUCAGGGCUGAUGGACUGCACAGGAAAAUAGAGUUGGAGGCCGCCCUGUUGAAGGAACUGGACCCUCAUCUUUAUGCUCAUCUAGUCACAGACGGCAUGAAGGGCUUCACCUUCUGCCACAGGUGGCUGCUGCUGGGUUUCCAGAGGGAGUUUGAACACAGUGACGCAUUACGUUUGUUCGAGAUCCUGAGUUGUGACCACCUGGAGCUUAUCACCCAGCAAGUAGACCGAGCACGUUAUCAGGAAAGGCUCGCACGGAAAUGCAGCACAGAGGACAAUUCCGAGUCAGAGCUGCAGGCCAUCAACACUGACUUCACCUUCGAGCUCUUCAUCUGUGCAGCCAUCCUGUUAGAAAACAGAGAGUCUUUGCUGCGUUGCCGUGAUGAAGUCCAGCUUAUCCAGUUUACUAGCAGCCUCCAGGGAACACUGGAACUGAACAGCACGCUAAAGAAAGCAGAGCACCAUUUGUACAACUACUGCAAGCGCUGUGCUUGGGACUAUAUGGAUGGCUGCUGUAAAACGGAUAAGAGCAAAGAAGAGAACUUUCUCUAUCAACUCCGUAGUCUACUUGUUUUAAAGUAAAAGCUACUAUUUAAAUAGCUGUUGUCAAAUUCUUUGAUGAAACUGUAAUUUGUAACCUGGGACACAGAAUCCCUAUUUAGAGUUUUUAUGGCACAUUUAUUCUUUUUAUUUACGAGGGAAACACACUGAUGGCUGCUUAGUUUAUUGGAUCAGUUACUGCUGUUUAUUAUAAAUGUACAGUAUUUAUUGUGAGUUAUUUUGGUUGCUGUCCUUAACUGACAUGAUAAUAAAAAAACAUAAGGUCAGUAGGAGAAAGGAGUCACGCUUCAGAGGAUUUGUAUUCCGGAUUAUGCAAUAUUCAACUCCAAGAAGAAAACAACUACUAGGCAUGUGUGAGAACUGAGAUCUGGUGCGUCACAACAGGUGGUGUUUGUAGCGAACUGCAGUUAUAUUUAAUGCCAGAUGGUCUGUGUCAGAGAGGCUUAUGUAACAAAAAUAGACGUCCAGUUUUUGAGCAAUGGCAGAGGGACCAUAUCGUAAGUCAAAGGAAAAUUACUGCACUACUGUCUUUUAAACUAAGAAUGAAACAUGUACACAAUAUAUGUAACCAAAAUUGUAUACCUCAAUAAAACUGCUGGCGAUUGUU